AGAAGAGGCCUCAGUCAACGGCGAGCGCUGUUCGCGAGCGGAAUUCCAGCUGCCGCGGAAAUAUAUAGAACGCAACAAAAAGCGGUCAAAUAAAUAUAACAAAAAUUUGAAACCAAACACAAAUUAGCGCUAUGUGAGAGUCCGAAAACGAAGCGAAAAUUGGACAAGUGUCGCCGUCGGUGGGGCAACAAGAGUUGAAUAAAAUAAAUUAUUCAGGGCAUCACAGAUGCCGAUGCCGCGAUGACGGAGCCAAUUAGUGCGGCGGUGCAGCGGAGGAGGCAGCUGCUCCACAGCGUUGAAAGUCUCCGCUGUCGCGCCCGCCAAGUGCUAAAGUGUGUUAUUAAUCUGCAUAUUGAGUUUUUGGUGCUCGAAUCCGAUGUGGCCGCUCUGCUGGAUGAGGUGCGGGAAUUCAACGACGACCACGAGGAGAUGCGCCGUCUGGACAGGAUGAUUGAGGCUCUGAGGGACUACAGUGGACCCACGAUAUGCCACGAGUGGCCCUACCCCCUCAUCUUCAAGGGCACAAUCGACGAGGCGCACGUCGCACAAAUACUCAAUGCCAGCGAGUUGGAGAUGGAGCUGGAGCAGGAGCUGGUGAAGGUGUCCAGCGGUGGGAACUGUCGCCAUCUGGACUCCGAUUUGGUCACAAGGCAAAGGCGGCCCAAGAUGCUGUGGUUCUCCAGGAGGAGCAGCAGAAAACGAGCUGAGCGAGCAAAGGAAGCUCAGUCAGUUAUUAAAACGACUCCCUGAGAUUGUAACUAGUCGAAAUACAUGUGAACUUUAAUCUGCCAAUCAAUAUCUGUAAAAAGCCAAACUUUAUUAAAAUAAGUAAAGGUUUUUCCUUUUAAAGUGUCAUGUUUAUAAUGCCGACACAGUCAUCCGAAGGUGAAAAUAAAUCAAAUUUAUACCUAUUUUAUUUAAACUCAAAUCGACCUAGACAUCGAUACCAUAGCUCUUUGUUUUAAUAAUUUGUUUAACUAGGAAUUUCAAGUAAUGUUUGAAUGUCCGAGGUAUAUAUUUAAAUGUUUUCAUGACAAAUAAAAAAAUUAUCAACUUUAAGCUACUAAGUCAAGAUGUAUAAGAAUGACUGCGUAAAGAUGUGCAUUUACCAUUCGUUGAUAAGUCAAUCUUUUUAAAUUAAACAAUAGUAUUUUGCGUAUAGUUUUUUCAGCUAUUUAUAUAUAAAUUUAAAUAUGUAAAAGCCAACUUGCCUUAAAAAAUUCCUAAAACAUUGUCUAACCAAAAUUUAAAGACAUUUGUAUGCCUUAUGUGUUACACCGUUGUUCUCAAAAAAUUAAAAUGUAUGGUUUUAUAUAAAAUCAUUUCUUUCUGGACUCGUUUAAAAGGUCAAA